AUGAUAUUUUCCUCAAAACGAAGCAAUACACGACAACGAUCGUCUGGUGUAGAAGCAUGUAUUUCCAUUUUAGGUUUGCUUUUAGCUUGUGGACUUAUUGGCGGACUUGCUGCACUCAUUUAUGGUAUAGUGAAAGGCAGUAUAACUGGAACGAUUGGUGGUGGCGUUGUUCUGGGUGUAUCGACAAUUCUUAGUAUUAUCUUUGUUUUAAUUGUUAUAGGCUGUUUCAAAAAUAAUAAUGCUGAUCUCAAUGCAAGUCAACCACAUUCUUCUACAGAUGAACACCGACAUAAACGAAAUCGUCGAGUAAAACAGGAAGAAAUUGGUUCACGUGAAAUAACUGUUAUUUCUGAAAUGCAUAAAUAUGAUCAACAACACCCACAUCCACACCAACACCCACACCCACACCAACAACCGCAUCAAUAUGAUAAAAAUACUCGUUCAUCAAUUGAUUAUACGGAUAGAUUAACAGAUAGUACAAAUCGCGGUUAUCAUAAACAAAUACAAAAGUCAUCAACAAAAAUUACUCCUAUUGACUAUUUAAAUCAAAGUAAUCAUUGA